UUGCUUGAAUAUUGUAAAAAACUCAUAUUAAAGUUUAACAUAAUCUUGUCAGUAUACAAAUUAUAUAGUAAGAAACGGAAAAUAUAAGUUUGAUUUGUAUUAAUAUAGAGUAUAUCUAAAACCUUGAAGGAACAGCUUGUACCGAUAGUCAAAUUAAGAUGGUUUAGUAUUCUCUUACUAGAGAGAACUGACUUUGAAAUGUUCUGAAAUCUGAUUACAAGUUACCGACAAUUUUUAAUAAUAGUUUAGUCAUAUCUGAAUAAAUAUUUUUUUCCUAAUAUUCUGAUUUCAAGGGCGCCAACAAUAUUUGAUAUUCAGAGAGAAUAACUAAUACAAAAUAGAUUAUCACUAUAUACGUUUAACUUAACGAAGUAAAUGGAAAAAUGACUAUUUUCGUUAUAUAUAUAUUAACUAUGAUAUUUAUUAGUACUUUUUGUGAAACAAAAUUUGAUAAUCUGCGUAAAAGAUUGGCUUUGAGAUUUUCGUUUAGGAAGCGAUCAUAGCCAAUCCUAUUCAAAAUAUUGUAGUUUCACCACUACUGGUUCGAUUUCCAUUGUGCAAAUUGGCGUCAAUAGCUUCAGGGUAUUCUAGGGCUGAACUGAUAACAGUUUUGGGAAUUAAUUCAACCAGAAUGUUACAGAAUUGCUUUGAAGGUCUAAAAGAGACCAUGAAUCCAUUAAAAGAAAUCGAUGUAUUAUUACUUAACAAGAUAAUAGUUAACUACACGGACGAUAUAAAUCCUAAUUUUGUAACAAACAGCACUGAUUAUGGCGUGAAGGUUGAUAAAGUUGGUUUCAACUAUCCUACUAUGGCUGUUUCAUUUAUCAACAGAUGGGUGGAAAAAGCAUCAUAUAAACGUAUAACAAGAGUGUUGGACCAAACGGAUUUGAACAACAAAACUUCUAUUUUAUUAUUAAGCGUAGCAUAUAUCAAGGUUACAUGGGAAUUUCUAUUUGAUAUAAGAUUGACGAAGAAUAUGAAAUUUCACCAUCGCAAUGGUAGCAUAUCAUACGUACCAAUGAUGUCGAACACCGCCUCCUAUUCAUAUUUGAAUGAUGCUAUCAACAAUAUGCAGUACAUAAACAUGAAAUUGGCUGGUUUUGGAUUAUCAGUAACGUUUGCGGUACCACAGUCGUAUAAAGACCUAGAUAAGUUUUUGAGCCAAUUGUAUAAUAAUCAAGAUACCUUGAAAGAUGUUUUUAAGAGAAUGCGAUUUGAAGUCGUUAAAAUAAUGUUACCGAGGUUCAAGAUUAAAAAUACCAUCGAAUGGAACAAACAUCUUAAAAAAGUAUAUGAAAUUGGCGUUACACAAGUUUUCAAUGAAAGCGAUUCAGGAUUGAAUGAAAUGUUGAAAAAAGAUAGCGAAAUCAAAAAUGUUAUGAUAAGUAAAGUGAAACAGAGCACAUUUAUUGACAUUGACGAAAUGGGAAUAUUUAGACAAGAACCAGUUAAAGAAUUAUUCGACGUCCAGAAUAUUCAAAAAGAUUCCAGUUUUGUACAUAACAAUAUAAUCGCCGAUCGUCCAUUCUAUUUUGUCAUCGGUCUACAGGAUAUGUAUCAUCCUUUAGAAAUAGAAGAACUUUUUACUGGAGUUUAUUAUGGACCAAAGUACUAAUAAAUGUACUUUUAUUUCAUAAGAAUAAUAAUAUAUAAAAAUCAAUUUUUAUAAAA